AUGAAACACAUACAAGACUUUCUGUACGCUGCUGUUCAUAUCAAAUAUUUCCACGAAAGUGAUGGCAUUUUGAGUUUGAAAAGUAUUUUUCAGGAUGAAUAUCUUACCUAAGAAAAAUUGGCAUGUUCGCACCAAAAAGAACAUUGAAAGGGUGCGAAGGGAUGAGGAGCAGGCAGCAGAAGAGGAAAAAGAACGCCAGAGGAGGAUUGCAUUAGCGGAAUCCGAGGCAAGGACUGAUCUCCUAAGACAGAGGGCAAAACACAGACAGCGAGAUGACGAUGAGGAAUAUGAAGGAGACAGACAAGUUGUGGAAUUCCAAGCCCGGCAGCAUGUCAAUUUCUUCAGUGAUAUUGAACAAGGGAUGAAGCAAAAGAAGGUGAAUGAAGAACAUGAAAAAGAAAAGAAGGAAGAAAAAGAAAAAUGGGAGAAGAGCAUAGGACUUCUCACCUACCUUGGACAAAGCUCAGUGGAGUCGAAAACCACAAAGCCAGGUAUUUACCGGUACUCAGAACCUCCAAAGAAGAAAUCAAAAGAGGAGGAAAACAUGGAAGAAGACAUGAAAAGGAAGCAUUCACUGGAUCCUUUGCAUAAGAUGAAGGAAUAUGUAGAAAAGAAGAAGAAACACAAACACAAGGAUAAACAUAAAGUAAGACAAUGA